AUGUUAAAACCGUCGGUACAAUUGCAGAUGCAAUUGGCUUCACAACAACAACAACAGCAUCGCCAGCACCGGUCGACACCAUCCAUACCAGUGCUGGCCAACCAUAAUAACAAUAGACUUAUUAGUCAAACAUCGCCGACAUCGCCGAYACCGACACCACCGCAGGACAACAUUAUACGACCCAAACCGCGCCGUAUGACUACCACUACUACUACUAGCACUAGUAGUAGUAGUAACCAACUGUCCCGUCACUGUACGUCAGUAGACUUGAGAUCCAGUCCACCCCAACAACACCAACAACAACAACAACAACACAAACAGCAGUGCCUACCAGUGCUACCACACCAACAGCAACAACAACGGGAAACACCACCAGUUAGUAAUGGUCGACCCAAUACACCGUUAAGUCCCAUACGACGGGAUCUAUUGGGCGGUUCGGCACCGGUAUUGAGUCAUCUGAUGGCUGCCGCCGGCGCCGCCGGAGUCGGCAAUCGGUCGUCGCCUAGACUAUCGUUAUCGCCAUUUCAACCGUCGGUUAUUGUUGACGACAGUAAUAGUAGUGGUGGCCAAACAACACCGAAAACAUCGGUAAAUAACAAACCGAUGAUAUCCUCCUCGCGGACAAGUCAUGGGACACCACCKAAACCGGCCCGUAGUAGCUAUGGUCGCAACAAUUACUAUCUGUCCUCAAAGUCGACACCAAUGCUCACCACUACCGCCACCACCGCCAGCACCGCCAGUGGUGGUCACCACUCAAUCUAUGACGUCGACGAUAUCUACGAUGUCGUAGACAUUGGUGGCCAUCGCGUCGGCCACAGUGUCGGCAAUGUUGACGAUGACGACGACGACGACGACGGCGAUUACGCCGACAACGACUACUAUGACUACUACUACGAACCGGCAGUUUUGCUGAGACAACAACAAUCGGCUCUUAGCUAUAGGCCAUCGGACGGCUCGUUGUCCACCAAAUCGUCGUCCACUACUGACGGAACAACCACUGCCGACCAACAGUCGGCAGCGGCGGCUACGGCUGCAGCGGUCAACAGUAAACGUAAAGUAUUGUCCAAAAUGAAGUCCCGACGCCGUAAUAUACUGUGUUUCGGAUCGACUAUACCGACAACACCGACGACGCCAACUAAUGAUAACGCCUAA